GCACAAGAUCUUCUGAGGACGUCCUAAGGACGUCCUGAGGACGAAGAAUGUCCUCAGGACGUUCUCAGGAUGUCCUCUGGAUGUCCCCUGGACAUCUAUUGGUGCUAUUAGGGAUGGCAUAUACGAUAUAUGCCAUCCUUCUGCUCUCGUAAUAAGUGGCGGUGCUGGCGUAUCAAGCAGUAUAGUUGUCUCUCUCUUGAAGUUGGGACGCGUUCCGAAAUCUGUUUUCUAAUGAAUCCCGUACAUUGAUUCGUUCGUUUUUUGUAAGCGAUUAAAAGCAAAAGAAUCACUUUUACUUUAACGUUGUAUAAUUCCCGGGAAAAACCGUAUUUUAAUUGACUAAUAUACAAAUUAAAGAUUCAUGCUUUCAAACGAUCGUAACAUCAUUUUUGUGUAAUUCAUUUAUAUAGUAAGAUAACGAUCCUAAUUCUAGAGUCAACAUAAUUUACAUAGAUUAAAGAGAUUACUAAUGGUCUGUUCUUUUCAGCAGUACAGCUGAAAAAAACAGACCAAUAGUUUACAGAAGAAGACACGUUAGAACAUUUGUAUGUACGUUCACACGCGGGAAAGCUAAAUCGUUUUGUUAAAUACAUUUUUAACUAACACUAUAUAAUUAAUAGUUUAUCCUAUAACAGGCAGAAUGUUUAUUAUAUAAUUCAAUGUUCAAUAUUAUAUAAAAUUAUUCAUUUUAGCUUCUGUACACGAAAAUAAGUAUCGUAAUGUUGUAAUCAAACCGAGAAAUUUCCACAAAAGGUUAAGUUGUAAAUGACUAGAAUAAAUUUAAAAUUUUUAUAUAAUGAUAGCGAUGUUGUAACUGUCUCCUACGGAAUAUCAGUAAAGAAUUUAAAUAUUGUGCCAAGUCAACAAUACAAUCGAAAAUCUAUUAUAUUUUUAGUAUCUAGAUGAUUCUACAUUUUGUAACUCUCUGAUGUUUGCACUUUGACACGUAAAAAGAUAAACUAGUUCCUUAUCACACCAAAUAAGAUUGCUCAAGUGAAUCCCAAUGUUUAAUAUAUUGAAGAGAAUGACACACAGUACAUCUAUAUCUUGCUGCACUCAAAUGGGUACAUCCUAUGAGCUAUUUUACAGAUCAGGUAUUACUCUGGAGCAAUUGGAUAAACUAUCCUUUAUCCAUGUAGCUGGCACUAAAGGUAAAGGAUCGACAUGUGCGAUCAUGGAGAUUAUUCUACGGCAUCAGGGUUUUAGUACAGGUUUCUUCAGCUCGCCACACCUGGUCUCCGUGCGGGAACGCAUCCGGAUUAAUGGUGAACCGAUCAGCCAAUCCUACUUUGCGCAUUCCUUCUGGAAAGUUUAUCGGCGUCUGGAACAGAAUCGGGAGGACGAGUCGGAUAUGCCAACGUAUUUCAAGUUUCUAACGAUUCUCAUGUUCCACGUGUUCCUAGAAGCGAACGUGGACGUGGCGAUUGUUGAGGUCGGAAUAGGCGGCGAGUUGGACUGUACCAAUAUUCUGCGGAAUCCAGUCUGCGUGGGCGUGACCAGUCUGGGCCUGGAGCAUACAUUAUUGCUGGGGAAUACUCUGGAGAAGAUCGCUCAACAGAAGUCAGGAAUCUUUAAACCAAACGCAGUGGCCUUUACCGUACCACAAGCAGAAUCCGCGAUGUGUGUUCUACAGAAGCGCGCCAUCGAGAGAUGUUGUCGCAGUUUGAAAAUCGUUUCCACGACACAAAAUCAAGAAUGGAACAAGAUCUUUUCGUCGGUAGGCAUGAUCACCGAUGUACAGCAAUUGAACGCCUCUUUGUCGAUCCACAUGGCUCUCGAAUGGAUGAAAUCACGAUACAAUAAGCAAUCGUCAUUAAUCAUGGACAACAGAUGCAUUGAUACUUCUUUUUCUUCUGAGCAUCAAAACGAUAAGAACGAGUUAUUUAAAGAGAAAGAGAGUAUCUUUUUAGAAAAAGUUGCGGUGGCAUUGGCGAAUUAUAAAUGGCCCGGUCGGGCGCAGAUUCUGAAAACCAGCACAGCAGACUUCUUCCUGGACGGUGCUCACACCGUCGAGAGUAUUGUUCAUUGUAUAUCUUGGUUUAAAAAAACGAGCCGUAAUUCUUCCCGCAAGUACCUGAUAUUCAACACCACGGGCAAUCGAGAUUCGUUGAAGCUGUUAAAACUGUUGGUACCUUUGGACUUUGACAGAGCCUAUUUUACGCCCAAUUACGCCGGAGUAGCCCAUGUCGAAAAUCUGUUAAAUUGUAGCAAAUUGAUAAAUAAUCAGGAAAAGAAAUAUAAAGAACACUGUGAGCAAUGGGGCAAAGGCUCGGUACUGAAAAAUAGCGUCGCUGAAGUGCUUGACGAUAUCAAGAGCUAUGCAUUGUCACAGACAGACGAUAAAGUAGAAGUACUCGUUACAGGUUCCUUACAUUUAGUUGGCGCAUUAUUGACUAUCUUGGAUCCCAACUUAACGAUGACCAGUGACUUUUGAACAUACGUAAGAAUUCGUAACAUACGAAUUCUAUAAUAAUUGCAAAUUCAAUUUUAUAAAAAUUUCUAGUGCUCUCUACAAUGUUCGAUAUUAUUUUUAUUUUAUUUAUACUUUUUUUAUGUAUUGUUAUGUAUUAUGUUAGCUUCUAAUGGUUUUGUAAAAAAAAGAUAUUGUAUAACUAACACAUUAUAACAAAAAAAUCUUGCUAUAAAAUAGA